AGGAGCAGCAGACGACGUCAGGCGCGGUCGGUGACAGGUCUUCACGCCCACACGCCCUAACCCACACCCACACACCCUCACCCACGCCCACAAUCAUGUGAGGAGUGGAAGCAGCAUUUACUAUGGAGGAUUACAAAUUUCUCUUCAAGGUGGUGCUAAUUGGUAAUGCUGGUGUUGGAAAAACCUGUCUUGUGCGUCGAUUUACACAGGGACUCUUUCCUCCUGGACAAGGAGCAACUAUUGGAGUGGACUUCAUGAUUAAAACUGUGGAAAUUGAAGGAGAAAAGAUAAAGCUUCAAAUUUGGGAUACUGCCGGACAGGAAAGAUUUCGUUCCAUCACACAGUCAUAUUAUCGUUCGGCUCAUGCUCUCAUCUUAGUGUAUGACAUAUCCUCACAACCCACUUUUGAUUGUUUACCCGACUGGCUUCGAGAAAUUGAACAGUAUGCCAGCUGCAAGGUUCUUCGAGUACUUGUUGGAAACAAAACAGAUCGGGAAGAUCGGGAGCUUCCUACUCAUGUAGGGGAAGAAUUUGCCCAUCGCCACAACAUGUAUUUCAUUGAGACUUCUGCUAAAGAAGCUGACAAUGUAGAAAAACUAUUUAUUGAAAUCGCCAAGGAACUGACUCAGCUUGUUCGUAGUGGACAUUUUGACAAGGAUAGCAAGGUUGGGGACCUGUCUCCUCAAGAUGUGUCAAAUGUCACCCUUCCACCGACAAGGGAAACGCGUUCUGAGUUUGCUUGUUGCUCACGUUGGAUUUCUUCGUCUACAACGUAGCCAAGUUGGGAUUCUUUGGGUUUUCAGUGAUGUGAUGUUGAAAGUUUAAUACUCAUAUGAAGCAUUAAACAAUACUGAUAGGCUGUAAUGGAGGAAUUUUAACAUACAUGAUACUGUAUUGUCAUUUUUAUUUUGAUAUUUUUACUCUUAAUUUUUUAUUCUCUUCUUUGAUUUUUAUGUGUUGUUAAAAAAAUAUAGAUUAGCUUUAGAUUAAUGACUUGCCUUGACUCGUAGAAUCUAAAAACUUUUGUAAAUAUUGUAGGAGUUUAAUAUAAAGAAAAGUAAAUGAACAUUGAAUAUAUACCUAAGAUUAUAGUGGUCAUGAAAGGUAGAAAAUACUGUAUUAAAUGAAUGAGUAAGGCAGAUUGCUUGUAAGCAGCUCCAGAGGGUCCACCAGUGGAAUUAUGUGCUCUCCCACACUGGCACGAGGUAGACAUUGUGCUGGUCAUAUUGUGUUUAGCUAUUUUUUAUCACUUGAAACCAACUAACUCCAUGUAUCAUCUGUCAUUAGGUAGUUAUGAAUUGGAAAACAUUUAAGAUUGCUUCAACUCCACUUCUCAUUCUAGAGCUACCUUUUACAUUUUAUAGCAUAUUAGUAAUAAACAUUGUAUACAUUGCAGCUAUAAGGUAGAUUUAAUUCUUUUCUUUUAAAUGUUUUAUGUUGAGCACCAGAAUUAUGAAGUUUUGUACAUUGAAGAGACAAAAUGAAAAAUAUGGAAUCUGAAAACUACAUGUUCUCUGGUGCACAAGAUAGGUUAGUAUUACCUGGAGAAACUGUGAAGGGACAAAAUAGACCUGGCAAGUCUACUAUCAUAACACCCAAUUAUUAUAAUAACCCUCAUAAUAAUGGAAUCAAAAGUAUGAUGAAGCCCAUUGUGUGGGGUGUGUUACCUCCUACUGUGAUUCUUAAGAAGGGGCAGUUUUUCUUAACCCAUAGAACUUUAUGCCAAUUAUGAAUCCUCGGUAAAUAGUUUAUGGUUUCAUAUGAACAGGAAAACUGAGAUUGCUUUCCAAUUAAUUCUUUUGAUCAUGUCACUUGAUGUGAAUCUAGAACCUGAAAGUGUGCUUUUAAAAUAAUGUGUUGAUAUUGUAUUGUAUUUCAGAUGAUAAGUGUAUUGUACAGGUAAAUGAAGCUUCAUUUGGAAUAAUAAUAAAUUCCUCAAACAGAUAAUUUUCAGUACAUGUUGUAAGUAAAAGUUCUUUCUUGAUGUUAUUACCUUUUAGUCAUUUUGUAUACACAGAAACCUUAUUUUACACAUUUUCUUUAUUAGGCUGUGAUAAAAUUAUGAAUUGCAUACAGUUCUGAAAUAACUGUAGACUGCAGUACUUAAAGCUACGUUUUAAAGAUACACAAAUAAACCUCAUUAUAACUACAGUACCUUCAUUUUACUUUUUGUUAGGCUCAUUAUCACUUAUGUCUUGGAUACUAAUUUUGUCUAGUGCAUUCUGUAAAUAGUUUAUUAUUUGUUCUUCUAUGGUCUAUAGGAUACAAUAUCUUUAUUUUUAUACAUUCAGAUUUGUUGUGCUUGAUUGCCUAUUUAUUUUUAUUUACUGGAUAUAUUAGAAUAUUAUUUUUAUUUUUAACAUGCUUGGUAUAUUUCCUCUAACUAACAUGAUUUCAUCUAAAUAUAUAUUUUUUAGUGUAUAUGCUUGGUAUGUAAUGUGUCUACAUAUAGUUAACGAAAUGGAUUAUGAUAAUUACUGAUAAGGGCAAGUGAAGGGUUUAAAUAUCAUUCCUAAAUUUACUUAAAGUAUUAACCCUGUCUUUCAAACUGACAUUGUAGAGCUAUGUUUACCUCUUAUAGAGGUGUGUCUCCACCUUCUAACUUUGUGCCUCACGUGCAUCCAACAUUUGUCUUUAUUCUUAAAUCAAAAUUAUGGUUUUUGUACUACUGAGCCAGUAGUGAAAGGGGUUCUGAAAUUCAUUGUCACUUUAUUGUCUACUGAAGUUAGUAAAAAAAAAUUGCAGGACAAUGUUGUCAUGCUGUAUUUUAUGUUUGUGUUGCUUUGUGUGUGUUUAGGAUGUAUUAUAUUCCUAUAUAUUAUUUAUUAAUUUAUUUAUUUUCAAUAUUUACUACUAUUUCAUAUUUUGAUACUGUGCUUAUUUAUAGACAAAUGGAUGUUUACACUACUGUAUUCAGGAAAUCUUUGCUUGUGAGUAAAAUCAACAUCUAAAUGUACUGAAUAUUAUUGCUUUUUAUAUGUAUAACAUCCAAUGUUUUUUCUCAAUUGAAGAGAAAAACUGUUAUUGCCACAGGUUUCAGGUUCCUUUACUUGGUAAUAAUUUACAUAUGAUUCUUUCUGUGGGUGUUUAUCUUCCUCAAGCUAAGUUCUCUGUACUGUAGUGUAUGGUGGUUCAGAUUGUUCUUCCUCGGGCAACUGUAAUCUCAUGGCAUGUCAUUUAUUCACUUAAUCUUUCACUGAGUUUUCUAUAUAACUUUUGAUUAUUAUUUCUGUGUUGAACUUUAUCAUAUGUUUAAUAAUAUUGAAAAAUGUUAUGAUUGUAUGAAUAUGUGGUCAUAAAAAUGUUUAAUAUUUAUACAUUCCAUUGGUAAAACAGUUUCUUUUGUUAAAUUAAUAUUUUGAUGGUGCAUUUAUUUUCAUUCUAGGUGGACUUAUAAGUUACAGGCAAAUAGGGAUUAUUUCAUGUAUUUUGCUGAUUUAACAUACAAUACCCGGUAUGUCAUAAUACAAGCCAGAAAUUAUGCAUUUUUUUUACUGCUCUUCUCUUGAAAUACUGUACCUGCAGUUUGCAGUUGUGAGAGAAUUAUAUUCUAGUCAGAUGAAGAUCUUCCUAUACUUGUUCUUUGUUUACUUUUGUUUUUAAGAAUUCCAUAAUGUCAAACGUAAGUGAAAUACUGAACACCUUUAUCUUUACAUAGCUUUGAUGCCCUGGAAGUUACUGCCCUACAUGACUUCUUAAUAUCUCAUAUAUGACUGCACUGUUAAUUAUAUAAUUUUCUAUAUCCCGGGAAGUUAUUCAAGGUAAUGGUUAAUUAAAGAUAACUUAUUGCUAUUAAGCCUCCUUUUCAAAAAUGAUGACAUUUUUAAGUUCAUCAAGUAACUACAGUAGGUAUUCCAUAAUGUAUAGUAAGAGUACUAUAGUGUAUCACUCUUCAAACUGAAGGAUCAGCCUUUAAACCAGGGGUGGAUGAUUGUUGGGUGGGGUACAUACAGUAGGUUAUGUUAUGUUGACCCUUCUUACAUCCCACCUAAGACGAUGCAAUUUCACUUUAUGGAAAACUUGGAAGUGAUUGUAUUCUUCCAUUGUUACUCAAUAACAGAAUCUUAUGAAGAGAGAUGCUUUCAUUUGUUCAGGGAUAUUUUUCAUUGUGAAAUUAAUACUGUACAUAAUUUCCCUUCAUGUAAUGUAUGAGGUAGCCAGUUGAAAACAAACUUUUUAUAUUAAUUUUAAAGAUAGGGCAGACAAUUUAGAAAACAUGGAUAAUUAAUUUUUCCUGGAAUUAUUUUUCAGUGUUCUCAUAUUUUCUGAUAUUUAUACAGUAUAACUAUUCUUAGGAAUAAAAAUUUCAUUUAUGAUGAUGUAGUGUGAUUAAAAUUUUUUAGCUAUGUAUACACAAAUUCAAUUGGUGUAACAUGAUAAUCAUCGAGCAAUUUCUAAUAGUUAUUGUAAUUACAUCGCUGAAUAGAGACUUGGUGUUUCUGUCAUUUUUGAUAGACAUGUUUGGGAGAUACUAAAGUUUGGCAAUACACAAGUAAUAGUACCAGCUGUUGCACUCGUGUUAUUCUCUAGCCUUUUUUCCACCGACUUAACACAUAACAACCCAAGAAAUAAUAGCACUUUCUUGAAUGUUGUGUUCAGUAACAAGAAUAAUUAGAGUAAUGGUAGUGCAGUCGUUGGCAGUAUUAUUUUUUUAUGUAUUUCAUGACUAUUAAGUGUUCUGGAUAUGAACCAAAGUAUUUUGAAAUUAAUGAAUGCAUUUAUAAAGAUAAGUAAGUACACUUUGCUUCUUAGCUGCUCACAUUCAUUGGUAGAUGUUGCCCUCAGGGCUAAACAUUAUAGCUACUGGUAUAUUGAUUUGUGCUGUACUGGUGACUUUAUUUUGGUGCCUGUUGUCCUUUACGAGUGUCACAAGUGUGUGAUUUACAUAGGUAAAUUUACAAUGAAAACUGUUAGAUUGGUAUGUUAUUAUUUUAAUCAUCUGUUUUAUAGCAGAAUGUAUGAGUCAGUUUUAAGUUAAGUAUCAUGUUAGAACAUUAGAUGCCUUUUCGGUAAAACAAAUGCUGUAUAUUACGGGGGAUUAGGCGACCUUUGGAUAAGACGAGGCCCGCAUUUCAGUCUAAAUUUCCUGGUUUUAGCUCAUAUCUGUGGAAUAAGACGACUCGCUAAACUACCAAACCACCUGUGGAUAGACAGUGUGUGGAACAAGCGGCCAGGCGGUAUUUGCAAGGAACGCAGUUUGUUGGCCUGGGAUAUGUUUCUGAGUCAUGUACAUAACUGAGAAUGUUAUAACUUGAUUAGCAUGAAAUAAAACUGAGAUUGCUGUAAUACCUGGUGGUUUGACUUCUGUACUGCAGCCACUGGUCAUUUGCCUGAGCAAGCCAUUUAAAGGUCAUGUGCGUGAAGAAUGAAAUAAUUGGGUGAUGGAUGGUGAAAAAUCCUUUACAAAAAGUGGGGCUAUGCAUGCUGCAUCACUUAAUGUGCUGUGUGAUUUCUUGAUCAAAGCAUGGGAUAAAGUGAAAGUCGAGACUUAUAAAAUCUCUCACAAAGUGCGGUAUCUCUAAUGCAAUGGUUGGUACGGGGGAUGAUUUGUUGUGGGACACUGAUGCCGACGCACCAGAUUCGAACUGGGACCGCUAUGACGACAACAUAAACAGUGAGACUCUGGAUGUGUAUGACAAGCUCUUUGCUUCAGAUGAUUCUAGUGAAUUUGAUGGAUUUUAAAUGUUUGUGAUGUGUUUUUUUAUUUUACAAUGCUUUCAUUGGUUUAACACCAUAUCGGUAUAUGGAUUUUAGUGAGAAAUAAAAAUUUUAAACAAUACAA